AUGGCGAUGAUGAUGAUCAAGAAUCAUGUAAGAUCUAUUAGCUUACCUUCAAGAUCUCAUCCUAGCACAGCAGCGAUCGAGGAAUCGCUUGAUAAGCUUCUUAUCAUCACCAUGAACACUUCGACGAUGACGUCAUCCGAUUCGGUUUACUCCGGUCUAUCGGGGCUGGAGGAUCUGUACGACUGCACGGAAGAGCUUCUUAAGAUGGGUUCGACGCAAAGUGUGUUGUCGUGUAGUGAUGGGAGGAAGAAGAAGAAGAAGAAGGUGAAAGGAGAGUUUAUGGAGGAGAUGCUUGAUGGUUCGUUGAGGCUAAUGGAUAUAUGCAACGUCUCGAGGGAUCUCAUGGUUGAGACUCAUGAGCGCGUUCUUGGUCUUCAAUCUUGUGUUAGGAGAAGGAAAGAUUGUCACCCUUAG